AUGGUUUCUAUCAAGUCUGUCAUUGUCUUGGCUCUCGCCUCGUUCGCUGCUGCCCAGUCUUCUGCCAGGGCAUCUAGCUCCACCAGGGCCGCCUCAUCGGCCGCACGUUCAGCUUCUGCUUCGCGUUCCGCCUCUGCUUCUCGCUCGGCCUCUGCCACUGCUCGUCCUUCGGGCGCUGCUGGCAAGAACAUUGCUGGUGGUCUUGUUGCUGGUGCCGCCGUCGCCUUGUACGCCCUUUAA